UCUGUCGCCUGUUGGGCCCACAGAAAUAGAAUACGUUUAGGGAUUGAGCUGUACCUGGCUUGCACUGUGGAUGAUCGUGACACUUGGCUGUCUACUAUGCGAACGAUAGCACUUGAAGGCAGAUGUUUCGUUAUCUCGUCUGCUCAAUUCAUGACAUCAUCGGCUUACCCAGAGGGUCAUCCGAUGCGUGUAAAACACGGCAACGAUAAGGUUCUGAUUCGAGGCGGUUCUUGUGCAGUUGAUCCUCUAGGAACGAUUCUUGUUGAGCCCGACUUCACCAAAGAACUCAUCCACUAUGUGAACGCAGAUCUUUCUCGAAUUGCUUGCGGUAAGAUGGAUUUGGAUACUGUGGGCCAUUACAGCCGCCCGGAGGUGUUCCAGCUAAUCGUCAAUGAAAAGCCAUGCGAUGCUGUGGUGCGACAGUAA